AUGAUGGCUCCUUCGCUCCUUGUCCGAUCGCGAUUCGUCGCUGCUUCUCGGUCCGUCCGAAGCACGCCACUCGCCUCAAGCUCACGUCUCACACUUGGCUCCAACGCACGUCUUCAUACGGUAGCGGCUGCCCCCGCUGCUCUGCGUGCCAACCGCCGCGGUCUCGCCACGCUCAGCUCCACCGAGAACGCACCCGAGCUUGGUGCACGCCACGUCGCCAAAUCCAUUUUCGCUCCCCUCGACACCUUUGAAGCUCGUCACGUCGGCCCUCGCGAUGGCGACUCGCUGAAAAUGCUCGAGGCGCUCGGCUAUUCCGAGAUGGAGCAGCUCGUAGCCGACACUGUCUCGCCCAACGUCCGACUUGCUCAGGACGCAUCGUUCUACGACCAGAUCAAGCCUCUCUCCGAGAGCGAGCUGGCUCAGCGUGCAGAGACCAUUGCAAAGAUGAACCGUCCCUUCAAGAGCCUUAUCGGUAUGGGCUACCAGAACACGCUCGUGCCUCCCGUAAUCCUCCGCAACGUCCUCGAGAACCCCGCUUGGUACACCAGCUAUACCCCUUACCAGCCCGAGAUUUCGCAGGGCCGUCUCGAGUCGCUCAUUAACUUCCAGACCAUGGUCAAGUCGCUCACCGGCCUCGACCUCGCCAACGCUUCGCUCCUCGAUGAGGGCACUGCCGCUGCCGAGGCCAUGAUCCUCGCCUACGGUCAGACAAAGAGCAAGAGAAAGACGUUCCUCGUGGACCGCGGUGUGCUGCCUCAGACUCUCGCAGUGCUCCGUCAGCGAGCAAAGGGCUUUGGUAUCAAGGUGGUUCCUACCGACCUCCGAACUCCGGAAGGUCACCGUUUGCCUCCGGCCGACCAGAUCCCGCGUGAGGACAUCAUCGGCGUGCUCGUCCAGUACCCCGACGUCGACGGACGCCUCACCGACUGGGAGGCGCUCGCAAAGGAGGUCAAGGGCUUCGGUGGUAUGGUCAUCGCUGCUACCGACCUCCUGGCGCUCACCAUGAUCAAGCCGCCCGGCGAGUGGGGUGCCGAUAUUGCGCUUGGUAACGCUGCUCGCUUCGGUGUGCCUCCUGGUUUCGGUGGUCCCCACGCCGCCUUCUUUGCCGUGCGCGACUCGAUCAAGCGCAAGAUUCCAGGUCGUCUCGUCGGUCUCAGCAAGGACGCCCGUGGCGAGCCCGCCUACCGACUUGCCCUCCAGACUCGAGAGCAGCACAUCCGCCGCGAGAAGGCCACUUCCAACAUCUGCACUGCCCAGGCGCUUCUUGCCAACAUGUCGGCCAUGUACGCGGUGUACCACGGCCCCGACGGUCUGCGCAAGAUUGCUGCCAAGGUGCACGCGCUCACGCGUCUCCUCAAGCACGAGCUCACCGAACUUGGCGUUCGUGUCGUCAACCGCGACGGCGCCUUCUUUGACACGCUUACCAUCGACCUCAGCAAGGCCGGCAUCGGUGCCGUGCGCGUCCACGAAGAGGCCAAGAAGGCCGAGAUCAAUCUGCGCAGGAUCAGCGACACCCGUAUCGGAAUCACGCUCGACGAGACCGUCAGCAUUGAGGAGCUCACCGAUCUGCUUAAUGUCUUCGCCUUUGCGCUCAAGCCUGUCAAGUCCGGCGAGGUGCCCUACAAGCCCGAGGAUCUGAUCGAGAUUGCCUCUCGCAUCGGUCUCGACGCUGCUUCCACCGAGACGCUCAGCAUUUCGUCGCCGGUUCAGGUGCGUCCUAGCAACGCCGCUGCCGAAUCCUCCGAAUUGCCUCCAAUUCCCGACUUUGCCCGUACCUCCAAAUUCCUUCAGCAGCCCGUCUUCUCGGCGCACCGCAGCGAGACCCAGAUGCUACGUUACAUCCACUCGCUCCAGGCCAAGGACCUUUCGUUGGUGCACGCCAUGAUCCCUCUCGGAUCGUGCACUAUGAAGCUCAACUCGACCUCGAGCAUGAUGCUUAUCUCCAAACCCGAAUUCUCGCAGCUUCAUCCUUUCGCUCCAGAGGAGCAGGCGCAGGGCUACGAUGUUCUCAUUCGAGAGCUCGAGCGCGAUCUUUGCUUGAUCACCGGCUUCCCUGCUGUUUCGCUCCAGCCCAACUCGGGUGCUCAGGGUGAAUUUGCCGGUCUCUCGGUCAUUCGCGCCUACCUCGAGUCCAAGGGCGAAGGCAAGCGCGACGUCUGCCUGAUUCCCACCUCGGCUCACGGAACCAACCCUGCCUCCGCCAUCAUGGCUGGCAUGCGUGUCGUGCCCGUCAAAACCAAAGCCGACGGCUCGAUCGACCUCGAAGAUCUUAGAUCCAAGGCAGAGCUGCACAAGAACGAGCUGGCUGCUACCAUGAUCACCGAGCCUGCCACCACCGGUUGCUACUUCAAGGAUAUUCAGGAGGCUUUCCAGAUCGUCCACGACAAUGGUGGUCAGGUCUACUUGGAUGGUGCCAAUCUCCAAGCCCAAGUGGCGCUCACCAACCCGGCGAUUAUGGGCGCCGACGUGACCCACUUGAACCUGCACAAGACCUUCUCGAUCCCCCACGGUGGUGGAGGCCCUGGUGUUGGUCCCAUCUGCGUUGCCGAGCACCUUGCUCCCUUCUUGCCUGGUCACCCUCUCGCAUCGACCGGUGGCGAGAUGGCGAUCGACCCCAUCUCUGCCGCUCCUUGGGGAUCUGCUUCCAUCCUUACCAUCGCCUGGGCUUACAUCAAGAUGCUCGGGUGGGGAGGUCUCAAGAAGUCGACCGAGACCUCGCUGCUCGCCGCCAACUACGUGGCGCACCGACUCAAGGACCACUACAAGCUCAAGUACACCGGUGACCGUGGCCGUGUUGCUCACGAGCUUCUCAUCGAUGUUGCCGAGUUUGAAGAUGUCGGACUCAAGGUCAUGGACUUUGCCAAGCGUCUGAUCGACUACGGUUUCCACCCACCGACUUGUUCGUGGCCCAUCUCGACUGGUUUGCUCAUCGAGAUCACCGAAUCCGAGUCCCUCCAAGAGAUCGACAGGCUGAUCGAGGCUUUCAUCUCGAUUCGCCAAGAGGUGGAGGAGAUUCGCGCCGGCAAGCAGCCCAAGGACAACAACUUGCUCAAGAACGCCCCGCACACCAUCCAGACUGUCACGGAGGAGAAGUGGGACCGACCGUACAGCAGGGACAGAGCCGUGUACCCGGUCAAGGAGUUGAGGCAGACCAAGUUCUGGCCUCCCGUGGCGAGGAUCGAUGACGCAUUCGGAGACAGGGUGCUCGUGUGCGAAUGCGGUGGUGUCGAAGACUACGUCAACUAG